CAGCCUCCAGCCGCCCGUCUUUGUAAGGAGACCACUGAGACGAGCAGGAGCGUGGAGCAGCAGCUUCCUUGCUGCCCUGACUUUUUAAGAAAUCUCAAUGAACUAUUUGUAGACAAUCACUGAUCCUGCCUGCAAGAGUUUUUUCUUUUUGCACGGCAAAGAUACCGGUCAGUGUUAAGUGAAGAUCAUAUUUUAUAUGUGAUCUUGACUUUUUUUUUUUGGUCUUACAUUAUAUUUUUAUAGAUUUUGUUAUAAUCAUGGUGCUGGGAAAGGUGAAGAGUUUGACAAUAAGCUUUGACUGUCUUAAUGACAGCAAUGUCCCCGUGUAUUCCAGCGGGGACACUGUCUCAGGAAGGGUGAAUUUAGAAGUUACUGGGGAAAUCAGAGUAAAAUCUCUUAAAAUUCAUGCAAGAGGACAUGCGAAAGUACGCUGGACUGAAUCUAGAAACGCCGGCUCCAAUACUGCCUAUACACAGAAUUACACUGAAGAAGUAGAAUAUUUCAACCAUAAAGACAUCCUCAUUGGGCACGAAAGAGAUGAUGAUAAUUCCGAAGAAGGCUUCAACACUAUUCAUUCAGGAAGGCAUGAAUAUGCAUUUAGCUUCGAGCUUCCACAGACACCACUUGCUACCUCAUUCGAAGGCCGACAUGGCAGUGUGCGCUAUUGGGUGAAAGCCGAAUUGCAUAGGCCUUGGCUUCUACCAGUAAAAUUAAAGAAGGAAUUUACAGUCUUUGAGCACAUAGAUAUCAACACUCCUUCAUUACUGUCACCCCAAGCAGGCACAAAAGAAAAGACGCUCUGUUGCUGGUUCUGCACCUCAGGCCCAAUAUCCCUAAGUGCCAAAAUUGAGAGGAAGGGCUACACGCCGGGAGAAUCAAUACAGAUAUUUGCUGAGAUUGAGAACUGCUCUUCCCGAAUGGUAGUGCCAAAGGCAGCCAUUUACCAAACACAGGCCUUCUAUGCCAAAGGGAAAAUGAAGGAAGUAAAGCAGCUUGUGGCAAACUUACGUGGGGAGUCCUUAUCAUCUGGGAAGACAGAGACAUGGAAUGGCAAGCUGCUGAAAAUCCCACCAGUCUCCCCGUCUAUCCUUGACUGUAGUAUCAUCCGUGUGGAGUAUUCACUAAUGGUGUAUGUGGAUAUUCCUGGAGCUAUGGAUUUAUUUCUUAAUUUGCCACUCGUCAUCGGUACCAUUCCUCUUCAUCCAUUUGGUAGUAGAACCUCAAGCGUGAGCAGUCAGUGUAGCAUGAAUAUGAACUGGCUGGGCUUAUCCCUUCCUGAAAGACCUGAAGCACCACCCAGCUAUGCAGAAGUAGUAACAGAGGAACAAAGACGGAAUAAUCUCGCACCAGUGAAUGCUUGUGAUGAUUUUGAGAGAGCUCUUCAAGGACCACUGUUUGCUUAUAUCCAGGAGUUCCGGUUCUUGCCUCCACCUCUUUAUUCAGAGAUUGAUCCAAAUCCUGAUCAGUCAUCCGAAGAUAGACCAUCUUGCCCCUCUCGCUGAAGGAACACUUGAUUGAUUGAAUCAAGUUGAUGUGGGUUCCGAACUUCCGAACUGUAUCUCUUCCGCCUGCGGACAGAGAAGUAUCUUGGAGACACGUUUUCAGAGGAAGUGGAAUUGCUUUUGCCCAGAAAAAUGGCAAAUACGUGAAAUAACCAGUGAUCACGCUUUAGAAUCUACAGCAUCAUUCUGGGGCUGCUCCAACGUGCUUGAAGAUCUAAGCUUUUCUUCUUUAAAACUGGCACAUGCUAAGAGCAGUCUUCUUAGCCUGUGGUCAUACGUGUCAAGACACCGUUGCAAAGAAGGAUAUUGUCCUUCUGAUUUGAAAAUUUGCACAUGCUCAAUGCUUACAUUGUGCAGUUCAAUGUCACUACAGCUUUUUUUUUUUUCCAUUUAUGCCAGACUCUUGAUACGCAAAACUUGUUUGUGGUCAGCACAACAUGGAACAAAAGAAAGCUUUGAAAAACUUUGACAUGAAAAAAACAAAACGCACUGACCGUUUUUUUUCUUCAUUUGUUCGUUUUGUUCUUUUAAGUUAAUGUAGCCUGGACUCUACCUGCAUAUGCACAUGCUCAGAAUUGUCCUGCUAGGCUGGCCAUGUAUCACCUCUUCAGCUCGGAUCCUAUUGUGGAUUUAUUUACAAACAUCAAAUGCCUUCAAGCCAAUCCUUUUGCUGUAUGUUUUGCAGCCUACUGUAGUAGACAGGCAACAAGAGACACAGAGGAAAAAGACCAGGGGAGGAAGCGGAUAAGAGACUUUGUGGGACUGUGUCUGUAGGUGUCUUUGAGACUGUUGCUUUCUACUCGUGACAGCAGAGCAGCAUUGUGUUACUGACUGCCCAACAUCACUCAAUCUCAGGUGACCGCAUCACUUGCCAAACUGUAGGAAUGCUAUUUGUGUUUUGUUGCACUGUUACUUUGUUCUUGUUGUUCCUGUUGGUUGGUUGGUUAGCUUUUUGGAGAGGGAAAUUCAGAAAUGGGACAUACACAAAACUGAUAACCUACCCACAUCCCCUUUUUAUCAUUACAUUUAAGUCGAAGCAGAGCUGAUAGUGGAUGGAGAAAGGCAGGAGGGCAGGCACCAGCAAAGAGUUAAGGGCUGUUGCUCUGAAAAAGUAUUUUUAUUAUUUCAAAAGUACAUGGAAGUUGUCCAGUCACUAGGGAAGGGAGGGGAAAGUGCAUUUAUUUUUAUACAGAGUUACUUAAUUACCUCCAAAACACAUAUGUUGGAAAUCAUUUUUGCUGGUGCAUAGUACUUCAGUAAGACAAAAUGUAUAUGUCAGGGUCAUGAUUGAAGAAGCUUGAUUUAAUAUGUUUGCUCAAGUUUAAGAGAAUAAAAUCUCAAAUUAUUCCCCAAGUGUAUAACUUCAUAAUUACAAACACUAGCAUGUUUGCUGGGAUAAAUACCUUCAGUUUGUAUGUGUGUGUGAUACUGUUUUUCAGCAUUUUUUUUCUCUGUCAUCUAAAGAGGAAUUGAGAGGUAUCUAGCUUCAAAUCUAUAUAGGUAAAACACAUCAGUAAAUUAUUUUUAAACAUAAUUUGUGUUUGGAUCAUACCAAAUAUACCAGCAUUCAUUAAAAAAAAAAUGUAUUUGGUACAAAGUAUAGUGAUGUUUUUCAGGAGUUCAUUUCUGCUUUUAUGACACCAGCAUCUCUGAUGUUGCAACAUAUGUGUAAAAUGGGUGUUCCAUCUAUCUACCUUCCAUCUAACCCACAGUUAAGGUGACUGAGAACAAUGGGAGCUCUGCAUCGGUGCUGGGCCUGCUUAAAUACUGUCUUAAAGCUUCAUACAGAACAGGCUUUUCCAUAAGUGGCCUUCAAGAAACAUGGAAGAUAAUUCAUGUUUGAAAUUAUGCUGACAGGGUGAAGGAAGCCCACUGUAAAAAUGAAUCGCGUUUUAAGUGAUUCAGUUAUAGGGUUCGUGCUCCCGUAGCAAACUAAUACUAGGUAAUAAGGAAGUGGGGGUCAACUAUUUUUUUAUUGUUAAAUCAUUUUGUGAAUGUCCCCCUCAGAAGAAGCUGAUGGGAUAUUUGGCAUAAAGGGCAUUUGGUGGUUUUGUUUUUGUUUGGGAGGGCUUGUCUGAAAACCCCUCCUCCUCUUUCUGUUGUCUAACUAGGGAACAAUUGUUGGCAUGCAUGGCGUUGGGACGCUCACCACCAUUUUCUUGUACAAAGUACGGCAUUAAGCAAGAAUGACCAAUAUUCUGAUCAUUGACACUGGGUGACAAAAUUCUCUCACGACUUGGUGAAAUAAAGUUUUAUUCUCCCAUUCAGUUUUUCUUUACUCUUUUAGAGGCAUACUAUUACACUUUUCCAAAUAUUGGUCAAUUCCUGACAUGUGAGGGUCACAGUUGUGCUCUAGUAUUCAAGAUAACUUCCUAAUUUUUCAUUUAGGAAAAGUAAAAUCCAAAAUGUUCGCGAAACAAAGUGCAAUAUUAAAUGUUUGCUUUAUAGAUUAUAUUCUAUGGCUGUUCGUAAUCUUUAUUUGGUGCUGAAUAUGUCCUUGUAGGCUCUGUUUUAAGAAACUAUGUGGAAAAUGGUUUAAAUUUUCCUAUUGCUCUUCCUUGUGGAAAAUAAAAGUGUUUUUUUUUUCUUUUUGUAUAA